AUUAUGAAUGAAACAUUCCGUAUCUUCUGUUAAAUCUGCCAUCGUGAUUUGAGUGAGUGGGUGGAGGCAUCACCGACGGUACAUAAAUGACUCCUCCUCGGGCUCACUCUCACUUUUUUAGCAGCUUUACGCACGCACGCACCAAUCUCAGAGCUCUUCUUCCAUUCCAACAAAUGGUUUGGGUAAUUGAUGCAGAAAUCAUGGCAGCCGUGAUGAAAAAUCAAGUUUUCUCCUGUUUUGUUUUCUACGGCGUGCUUUUGGUGAUGAAAAUGUACAUUAUAGCAAUAAUUACGGGACAAGUGAGGCUGCGCAAAAAGGCUUUUGCCAACCCCGAGGACACGCUGAGACACGGAGGGUUACAAUAUCACAGAGAGGAUCCAUAUGUGGAAAGAUGCCGGAGAGCUCAUAUCAACGACAUAGAGAACAUCCUCCCCUUCCUCUUUCUGGGUGCUAUCUACUCCAUGACGGGACCUGGCCUGGCUGUGGCCCGCCUUCACUUCCUGGUCUUCUUCUUAGCUCGUGUGCUGCACAGCGUUGCCUACCUGUUUGCCCUGCAAGCGCCAACCCGCUCUCUGGCCUACAUCGUUGCACAGAUACCUUGCAUCUCUAUGGCUCUGCAGAUCCUAAUGGCAGUCUGGCAGUAUGCCUAAAUACCCAGAAACGAGGGACUGAACUAGAGGUGCUGUUCUUGCUGGAAAGAUCGGUUACGAUCUUUUAUAGAAAAAGCACAAGGAGGAUACCGGAGAGGCCUCCUGUGGGGGAAAAACUUAAAAGACAAUCAGUGAGAGUGCAAUAUAAGGUGUGCGAUUAUGCAGCAGAUGGGUUUUGUGAGAUUUUGUCAGUAUUUUUAUUGUUUUAUUUACAAUGUUGAAAUGUGAGAAUGUCCUAAAAGUUCUUUGAAGUUGACAUCCUGUACUGUACUAUUUGAAAUGGAAAUGAAGGUUGUUGCCCGCUUUUGUCUGUUUUAACCAGGUUCUGUUGUUAUGAACUGAUGGAAACUAACUAACGAAGAGUUGUAGACAUUUAGUUUAAGCGACAUUGGAAUAUUUUCCAGCACUGCACUGUACGUUCAUCCCUGCCCCCCUUUUGUGUUCACACACAACACAGACCGCCAUGGUGUUGUAUCCUCCAUGGCUUCAUCUGUUUCCCGUGUGGAUAUUCCAUCUGUUUUUAUUAUGUUUGUUUGCAUAGUGUGUUUAGCAGAAGCGUAAUGGAUCCUAACAUGACUGAUAAUACCACUCAGUGAAAUACAGUUUGAUGCUUUUACUGUGUGAGGUGAACUUCUCUCUAGUUAACUACAUUUUAAUCAAGAAGAAAGGAAUCCUAACGGCCUCGAAAUAAAUGUCGCAACAACCUGUAGAAAACAAAAAUGGUGAAAUGAUUUUCAUCUGUGAAAACGUAGUUUGAGGCUUUUGUAAUAAUUUAUUAUUCAAUUUAAUGUAUACAGAUGCAUUUUUGUAGGCAAUAAAACAAUUGACGCAUGAA